UCAGAUAGUUUACAUCUGUCGGACAGAUAGGAGAGUUUAAAUGAUAUUUGUGUUGGUGAUUGAAUGUUAACUGUACAGUGAUGAUUAACAAGCCAGCCUCUUAACAAAGUGGAAAAUUACUUCACCAGGGAAGUUUGCCUGCCAUGGUAGUUGGUACUUGAUGUUAUACACAAGUAUUUAAUCUAUAAAAAAAAAAUGGAUAUCCAUAUAUAAACUAACUUUGAACCAGUCCCCCCAGGGAGAGAAAGCCUGAGAGUACUGAGCAUGGGAACAUGCUGAUUCAUUGAUGCUUAUUACUCAUGGGGAAUGUUUUCUCUGUGUGUAAAUCUUCCAAAUGAUGGAUUAAUGGAUUAUCAAUGUUUCACAUAGUCUGGCAGAACAAAGACAUUCAGCCCAGUAGAUUAUUGACUGAUUAUACAGCACAAUGACAUCAUCAGAGUCAUCAGUUACCAUGGUAACCCCUACCUCUGACUUCAUUGACAAUACUGGGUCUACAACUGCAGCAGCAAACACAGUCACCAUGGAAAUAUCAGUGACAAGCACAGCCAGUGGCUUAUCAGUUGCUGUGGAUACUAACACAGAUUUGGUUGCUAGUGUCACACAUGACCAGAGUUCAACAGCUGGUCAGCCAUCUACACAGUUUCCUAUGCAGCAUUCUACAGAACAAUUGCCAGGAAAUCCAGUUCCUGUUUCAACCACAGACUCAAUGACCUUUACAUCGACUGAAGGUCAAAAUAUACAGAAAAGUGAUUCAAGUGCCAGUGUACUCUCUAGUAAAAGUGUAAGUGUGACCCCAGCUGCUAGUGAUAAGGUCAAUGAUGUCAUGACAUCAUCAACAACAAGUGUAAAUGAUAUUGCUUCAUCAACAGCAACAAGUGUAAAUGAUAUUGAUUUGUCAACAACAAGUGUAAAUGACAUGAAUCCAUUAAUGACAACAAGUGUAAAUGACAUUAUUCCAUCAACAUCAUUAAGUGUAAAUGACACUAUUUCAUCAACGUCACAAAGUGUUUCAUCAGAUUCAUCACUAUCUUCAACUCAAGCCACCAUAAUAUCUGACACUUCAUCUACAUCUCUUGUGUUACCAACAAGUGUUGAGUCGCAACCCUCAUCCAGUUUAUCUUCAUCCAGAUCAGAACAUAAUUCCCUUUUCAGUACAGAAUCCAGUGAACCCAUUGACCCUAAUUCAGCAACUCAACCCCUUUCAGGCACUGCAACAACUCAAUUUGUGAUAACCACAAGUGCCACAAUCGAAAACAAUUUACCCAGCCCAUCAUUGGAUUUGUAUUUAACUCCUUCUAAAGCAGUGUCAACCCCAGCUACCUCUGGUUCAUCGUACACCACAUAUGUUCCACCACAAACAGACUACACAGGUUUGCCUUCUACCGGGAGUACAGUGUUUUCUACGUCAGCUGCACCGCUGCCAUCACAAUCACCCAUACCUGCUGAAUCUGCUCCUAAAAGCCAGUCGACACUUCUUGGAGGUGGAUUGCCCAACUAUGUUGUCUACAUCGGGGCCCCUGGUCUUGGUGUUCUGCUCAUCCUGUUGAUUGUUUGCAUCAUUUGUAUGCGGAGACGCAAGAAGAAAAAUAAGGCUUCACUUAUCAAGUCGGCAAGCAAUGAUCUCUGGGUUAAUCCCACGAACGAUCGUGAUUUACAAGCCCUCUCAAACCCUGUACGACCAGAGUCUUUAGAGAAUGGGAUUCCUACCAGCCCCUCUAAUGCCAAACUUGACUCGGGUGAAAUGCUUCUACGUCUGCGGAAAGGACAGACUGGUUUAUCUCAGAAAUGCAAAAGCAUGCCUUUAAAUGAUACUGAUUUUUCUCAACAAGUUACCAGUCUACGUGUUGCUAAAAAAAGAACUUUUGAUGAGAACAAAUGUCCAAUAAGUGAGAAAAAUGAUAGAGAAAAGUCUGAUAAAAAUGGUGGGAAAGAAAAGAGGGAGGUUUGUUGCAUGUCCAGUGACCUCAGAUUCCGAGAGAUUAGAAGACAAUGGGAAGAAAGAAAAGUUAGUAAUAAGUCAGAGCCUUAUGUGGAACUGCCUGCACGUCCCAAUGCCAAAGGUUGUACCACAUACGAGGCAGUGUUUGAUUUCACUGGUUCCCAUGGAAACCACUUGGACCUCAUUCAAGGGGACCAAAUUCACGUGACCAGAAAAGAGGACAACUGGUGGCAAGGGUCUGUGGGUGAAAGGUCGGGCUGGUUUCCUAGCAACUAUGUACAGGCCACAUCAAAUGCCCACGUGAAGACAGAGGAUGAGGUGGAGAGUGGCAAGGAGAGAGUGACCUCCUUCCUGCUUAAGAGGGAUGACACCCCUUCCACCCCGCAGAGAUACUCCCACCUGACUGAGGAACAGAUUGAGGCUGAGCCUAUCUACUGUAAAAUACAACACAAGGACAAGAGGAGUAACAGCAGUGGAGCGUCCACACGCAGUAACAGCGUCACCCCUACCCACCCUUAUGGCUACAACAACCCGAUAUACGCACGCUCAGACACCGCCCUCAACACGGUGCCUAGCAUUGUGUACACUACAAAGUAUGCAUUUGAGGCCAGGAAUGUAGGGGAGCUAACCAUUGCAAAAGGUGAUGUAGUUCACUGCAAGGAGGAGGGAAAGCAUGGCUGGAUACGGGGAACCAAUAUCGGUUCAAAGAAGGAAGGAUGGUGCCCUGCCUCAUACUUAGAAAAGUUGUUAGAGAAAGAGAAAGUCAUAGUGACCCCAGACCCUGCGAGCUAUAUCCACCUGGAGGCCAACAAGGGAGACAACUCUGACCUGGUGGGCAUUGUACAUCAGGCCAUUCACUCGUACACGGCUGAGAAGGAUGGGGACCUGACGUUUGAACGAGGCGAUCACAUCAACGUGUUCCAGAAAAGAAGAUACAUUAAAAACCACAAGCAGGGAAGUGUCCUGGAGAAUGGCUGGUGGCUUGGCAGUAUAGAUAAAUCUGUGGGAUGGUUUCCUGGUGCCUAUGUUCAGAUGUUGGACCACCCCUCCAGCAGUCCCUCUCCCUCCACUGUGUGUUCUGAGAGCCCAGAAGAUGAGAAACCUGAUUCUGCCGAUUCUGGGGGCUCUGAUGUGACCUCAGACGUCCUGACCCCACCUGUGUCUACUACAACCACGCCCACUAAGCUGAAGCCUGCUAGAAAAGCCCCACCCCCUCCCCUGAAGCUUCCCCUUAGUAUAUCAGGGUACAACACUGAAAAACAUGACGAACUAGCAAGGAACAAUAUCAUUCACAAUAAGCCACUGCCUGAUGAAAUCAAUGAGAAAAAAUUAAAUGAUGAUGUGAAUACAGAUCAUGGGAAAGUUUCGACAUCUGAACAGGACAAUUCAAUUAUUUCUAGUAACAAAUCAUUCAAGAUUCCAAGGCCUACUUUUGCUCCUCCACCUCCUCCCUCCAAAAAUCAGACACACCAACACAGUGGAGUCUCUAAUGAUGAUCCUCUUUAUGAGUCUGUUGGUCAGGCAAUCAACAAUACAGCUGCUGAUAAUAAUUCACGGAGCAUUAAGGACAGAACUGGUUCAACUGUUCAGGAAGUGGUAGAUAAACCCAAGAGAACCAAGCCACCAGUUCCUAUCAGAUAUAUUAAACCCACUUUUGUGACAGUACCUCAUGCAGAGAUAAAAAUAACUGACAUAAAUAACAUUCUGGCAAAUGAUGAAGUUGUAAGGAGACGAGCACCUCCAAAGAUUUCAACCCCAAAACUUGGACCAAUCCGACAGAAACUCUCGGUGCCUACAAAUCUAGAGGACCAGAUACCAAGCACAGAGGAUACCACGAGUUUCCAGUUGACUCCACAGAGAAAGUCUGAUCUUGUUAGGAAUGAGUCACAAGACUUACCUACCCCUGAUAGUCCCCCAUACCGAACCAUGUCAAGUUUUGGAAGCACCUUUGGAAAGCCUAAUGAGAAACUUUUACCCAAACCCAGCCCAAAGCCUGUAGUCAGAAAGUCAGACAUUGAUAUUAAACCAUUUUCUGAAGAAUUGAAUAUGGCAAUUGGAAAGUCAAAUAUAGCUAUUGAACAGGCAAAUGCUGAAUCUGUUCCAUCAAUUGAAAAUAAACUGCAGGCUUCUAAGGAGAGUUUGGAUGAUUUACAAGAUCAUUCUCCAGGUGUUAAAGUUAGUGUUGACAGUGGAAUCCCCAAGCAUCCACAACAGUUGAAAUCCGGAAUACCUUUAACACCAAAAAUGAAAGUUUCAAAGCUUCAAGCUCCUAAGCAGGUCAGCAUACCAAUAAAUACAGACAGUGGAAACAUUGGAGACAAUAGUAACUUGGUUACUGAAAAGACUGAGGAAUUGCAAAUUGAGAAUGUUUCCAAACUGCCAAAAUUAAAAACUGACAACUCCAAAUUUCCUGUUUCUCAACAUAAUCCUGAUGAGGUAAAUGGAAAUGAAAGGCCACAGCAGAACAUGGAGCUAGAAUCUCUAAAUGAAGCAACUCAAAAAGCAACGCCAAUACAAAUUGAAGAGCAAGUUUCUGAACCAAGUGUUAACAGUUUAAGUGAACCGGACAAAAGAACAAGGGCUGACAGUAUUGGGCGGCCACCUGUUGCUCCAAAACCCAAAUCAAAUUUGCCAAAAUGUUUGCCAAAACCAAAGAUAUUUGUGAAAGAAAAAGAGUUAAAUAACCUGGAAAAUGCCAUAAUAGAUGUUAGAAAUGAAAAUGUUGAGGUUGAACCUAAAAAUGACAAUACUUGUAAUGAAGAAGAACAAGUCCUGACUGUUGAUAGAGAAAAUCAGGAGCAGUCUGAACCCAGGUCUGAGUCAGAAACUGAGGAGGGUUUUAAAUCUGGAAAAGAAAAUGAUAGUAAAGUUCCUACUAAAUUAAGCAGAGAUUCAUCGGAGCAUGAAAGUAAAAUUCCAGGUAAAAGAAGUUCAUCUGAAAGUGAAAGCAAAUUGCCUGUUAAGCCUAAAGUAAUUACAGAGACUGAAAGCAAAAUUCCACUUGGGAGUGCUAUAGCCCAGAAGUCACCGCAAUUAAGAGGCAGAAAGUCCAAUAUACCAAGCCCAGGAAUGAGAAAUAAAAGCAAAGAUAAGUCCAAAACAGAAUUGGAACAGGAAAAGAGUCAAGGUACAAAUAAUGAUGGAAAAAGUUUGCGCCAGCGAUCCAACAGUCCAGCUAACAGAACAGGCAUUCCAUCAUCUGUAAGAUAUAGGUCCAACAGCCCAGCAGGUAAAUCAGGAAUACCGUCUCCUGGUAACAAAUCCCCAAAACAUAAACCAAGUGGCCUUGUGGCUCCAAAAAAGAUUCCAAAUGGCGAGGAUUUUGAUAAAAUUACUGAAAAUUCUGAGCAAAACCAUGUUAGUGAAGAGCCAGUUGCCAGUGCAAAUGGUGUUAGCAAUGAUUCAACAAAUGCUAAACCAGAAAGUCCAUCAAAACCACCAAGGUUGCAAAAGCAGGGCAGCCAGGAUGGCAGGCCACCUAAGGGCAAGAGCCUUCUACCACUGAUACACAAAUCAAUGGAGAGUGGGAAGGGAUCUCCUAAUGGGGUCUCCCCACCCACAACUGGGACCAAACAGAAGCGGGGCAUCCCUGUUGCAAAACCCAAGAAACCCUCAUCAACAUCAUCUGACGACUUUCAAAGUGUUGCUAUAAAAGGAUACACUGCACAAUCUGAUGGGGAACUUACAUUCACCAAAGGUGCAUUGGUCACAGAACUAAGUGAUUGUGACCGUGCUGGAUGGUACGUGGGAAUGCUCCCGGACGGCACCACAGGACUCUAUCCUGCAGAUCAUUUCAGAUCCGGACAUGAGGCAACGGAGAGCGAGGCUUGAAUAUACUCCACGGCAUUGGAAAGGAAACCAGUUAAGACUGGCAUUGGAAAAGGAACCAGUUCAGACUGGCAUUCAUUGAAACUGACUGUUGAAUCCUGUGGAACCAUUGAAAUCCAGAAUGUAUCAGGAUCUUAUGGGACGAACUGAAUUUCGGAAAUUGAUUAGCUUUGGUAUUCAAAAUAUAAAAGACUGUGAAGUCAGAAUACCUGAUCAGUUUCAGACUGAACUGUGAAGACGUUUGUUCAGGCUAUUGAAAAAAGAACCUUGACACAUUCACAACCCUAUAAUGCUAUAAUGCUAUAAUGGUUGACUAGAUAAUCUCAAAGUGUUCCAAAGUCUAAAGUCUUUAAGUACAAGGUCAUAAAGGAUAAUCCACAACAUCAAAAUUGUGAAAAGCCAUAAAUUGUCAAAUUCCAAUAAAAUCUUGUCAAAUUAGAAAGUGUGGUACAGACUAAAUAGGGCACAAUUGAGUCAACUGUAUGUACGGACUUGUCAAUUGAAGCCGGUACUUGCUUAAAUAACGGAGGUUGAACAGCACUCUACAUUGUUUGGUUCAUGAAUCAGACAGUUUAAUCAACAGAAGCUUUGGUGUGUAUAGAAACUGAAUAUGUAUUCUAUGUACUGUAUUGUUGAAGGUAAUGGCUUUGAAAAAUGGAGUUUUAUGAAGAGAUUAUGUCUAAGAAUAGUCAUUUUUGUAUUUGUUGCUGUUUAAAUCUUGAUUUAUUGUUAACUGUAUGUUUAUUAAUAAUGCCUUAAAUAUAGCUAAAAUUUAAGUGUUUUAAGCCAUAUUUAUUCAUAAUCCGCAGAAAUGAUUGCAUGUUUGAGCUCAUACUUUGUCAUUAUAUCAAAAGCUAUGAAAAUGUACAGCUUUUUAGUGUAGCAUAAUAUUGGUGAGUUGCAUAAAAAAAACUAUAUAAUUCACAAUGUAUGUCCAUGUCUUUUAUUGUCCCCUACUGGUCAAACCGGAGGGAACUUAUGGUUUGUGCUCUGUCUGUCUGUCAGUCAGUCUGUCACACUUUUUAGGAUCCUGCGAUAACUAUAAAAGUUUGUCAUAUUUUUUCAUGAAACUUAAAACAUGGACAGAUGGCAAUAUGGAUAUUAUGCACGUUAUUAUGCCCCCCUUAGAAGAAGAGAGGGUAUAUUGCUUUGCACACGUUGGUCUGUCGGUCGGUCUGUCGGUCCGUCCACCAGGUGGUUUCCGGAUGAUAACUCAAGAACGCUUGGGCCUAGGAUCAUGAAACUUCAUAGGUACAUUGAUCAUGACUCGCAGAUGACCCCUAUUGAUUUUGAGGUCACUAUGUCAAAGGUCAAGGUCACGGUGACCCGAAAUAGUAAAAUGGUUUCCGGAUGAUAACUCAAGAACGCUUAGGCCUAGGAUCAUGAAACUUCAUAGGUAGAUUGAUCAUGACUCGCAGAUGACCCCUAUUGAUUUUCAGGUAACUAGGUCAAAGGUCAAGGUCACAGUGACCCGAAAUAGUAAAAUGGUUUCCGGAUGAUAACUCAAGAACGCUUAUGCCUAGGAUCAUUAAACUUCGUAGGUAGAUUGAUAAUGGCUGGCAGAUGACCCCUAUUGAUUUUCAGGUCACUAGGUCAAAGGUCAAGGUCACGGUGACCCGAAAUAGUAAAAUGGUUUCCGGAUGACAACUCAAGAACGCUUAUGCCUAGGAUCAUGAAACUUCAUAGGUACAUUGAUCAUGACUCGCAGAUGACCCCUAUUGAUUUUCAGGUCACAAGGUCAAAGGUCAAAAUCACGGUGACCCAAAAUAGUAAAAUGGUUUACGGAUGAUAACUCAAGAACGCUUAUGCCUAGGAUCAUGAAACUUGAUAGGUAGAUUUAUCAUGACUCGCAGAUGACCCCUAUCGAUUUUGAUGUCACUAGGUCAAAGGUUAAGUUCAAGGUGACCCGAAAUAGUAAAAUGGUUUCUGGAUGAUAACUGAAGAACGCUUAUUCCUAGGAUCAUGAAACUUGAUAGGUAGAUUGAUCAUGACUCGCAGAUGACCCCUAUUGAUUUUCAGGUCACUAGGUCAAAGUUCAAGGUCACUGUGACCCGAUAUUGUAAAAUGGUUUCCGGAUGAUAACUCAAAAACGCUUAUGGCUAGGAUCAUGAAACUUCAUAGGUACAUUGAUCAUGACUGGCAGAUGACCCCUAUUGAUUUUCAGGUCACUAGAUCAAAGGUCAAGGUCACAGUGACAAAAACAUAUUCACACAAUGGCUGUCACUACAACUGGCCCAUAUGGGGGGCAUGCAUGUUUUACAAACAGCCCUUGUUUCAUUUUGUUCCUACAUCAAGAAUUCUGGUUGCUUUGGCAACAAAUAGACUAGAAAUACUUCUGAAACUGGUGGAAUUUCACUGGUAGAGGACCAUAUUGCUUGGCAAUAGUCUUGUUAAAAUUGAGUUCUUCACAAUUGAAUAGAAAUAUGAAGUCAACAAAGUUGGCAGAUUUGUUUCAGUGCUGAAUAUUCCUGCUCUUGUUGUUUAAUGGGUAUGAUUCAUUGAACAUGUAUAAUGAAAUUGUACAUAUACAUUAUGUGUAUAAUAAAUGUAUGUGCUAUAUUUCCCCAGUUUGUGCAAUGUUAUGUAAACAUAUUGCUUUCUUCUGCGUUUAAUGUCCUGUUCUGUUUUACCUGUAUGUGCUUUCAAAUGCUUGUGAUUUUGUACAUGUAUAUAAAGUGUCCAUUAGCCUGUAAAUUAGUGAUUCUAAGCCCGCAAGUUCAGUAACUCUUAGCCUACAAAUAAGUGACUCUUAGCCUACAACUAAGUAACUUUUAGCCUACAGUUAAGUCCCUUUAACCUACAAAUAAGUGACCCUUAGUUUACAAUUAAGUGACUAUUAGCCUACAAUUAAGUGACUCUUAGCCUACAAUUAAGUGACUCUUUUUUAGCCUACAAUAAAGUAAUUCAUAGCAUGCAAAGAUGUGACGCUCAGCCUAAAAAUGUUAAAACAGGCUGCCUGAAGAUUGCAUGCCUCUUUACCUGUGGAUAUUCAGAUUUUGAUAAACACCAAAUUCUGUGCUGUAUUUUUUGUAUGUUAACAUGCUAUUUUUGUUUGUUAAUUUCUGAUUAUUAAAGAUAAAACAAUCUGAUUAGUGUCAAACACAUUAUCAACUCUAAUAUGGUAUUUGGUUUUAAUUGAAUUUAAAAAAUGUGUCAUACAUGAGCAUUAUAAGGUUUUCAAUGGUUAACAGUUUAGAGGAAGUUAUUGCAUGAACAUCGCAACUAUUUCGCUUCAUAAAAAAUUGCAAUUUUUAUCUUAUAGAGUAGUAUGUUAUGUUCGUCUUUGUAAGCAUUAUAUUUCUUGUUUGAAAUAUUCAAGACUAUGCCCUGUAAACAUAAAUGUUGAUGUGGUACAUCAACGGCGUGAUUCAAACAUGGGUUCCAAGCCAUAUGCAACCAGAAAAGCUCCGCACCGACCUGCGCAGUCUGGUCAGGAGCUAAGAUGUCUGCUAUAAAGUCACACAAGGUUUCCUGGUCCCAUAAGUGAACAGUGUAUCUCCAGGCCAGAUUGGCUGCAUAUGGAAUAUGACCAAUUAUCGCAUGAUGUCACUCAUUUUGUGAUAGUCCCUCUUUUAGUGUGUCAAAUUGUUGACCACUUAGAUUUUUUUAUGAUUGUGAUUAUACAAGUUAAACACAAAUUUGGGCUCUAACACAGCUGAUAAAUUAGUGAAGGGGAAUAAGUGACCUUUGUGACUGGGGCAAAUCUAUAGCUACAACAAAUUGUAAUUGAUCAAUUUUAAUUGAUUUAAAUAUGUACAUAUUUCAAUAUCGUUCUAUACAAGGUUUGUGCUAUUUCAUUUUGCAUACAUUAAGAUGCGAAACUUGAAUUAUAUUUUUAUGCCCCCGGUAUGGUGGCAUAUAGCAUUUGAACUGUCUGUCCGUCUGUCCGAAAACUUUAACAUUGUCCAAAACUUUUGCAAUAUUGAAGAUAGCAACUUGAUAUUUGGCAUGCAUGUGUAUCUCAUGGAGCUGCACAUUUGAGUGGUGAAAGGUCAAGGUAAAGGUCAUCAUUCAAGGUCAAAGGUCAAAAAAAUAAAUCCAAGGGAAGUAACAAGCUUUAAAGGGAGAUAAUUUCAUUUGACAGGAUAUUUUUACAAGGGAAAUAAUAUUUUAUUAUAUCCCUUGUACAAAUUAUCUGUGCCUGCCAAAUGAUAAAAAAAUAAAAAUAAAUCAAAGCAGCGCAGUAGGGGGCAUACACAAUGUUUCUGACAAACACAUCUCUUGUUAUAAGUAUAUUAGUUUAAGUAGAGAGUUUCCUAUGGAUACAUACAUGUUAUGCUUUGUUUACACGUUUAUUUUACACUCAUUUUGUUUAUUUUGUGAUUUCAUUCUCAUGACAUUCUGUACAUAAUUUUUCUUUUCUACCAUAUUUUUGUGUAUUCAGUAAAAUGCAAGAAUAAAUAAAUGUAACAUUCA